UGUGAUCCCUACGUGAAGAUUUCCGUGGGAAAGAARUCCAUAAACGACCAGGAAAAUUACCUUCCCUGCACUCUGGAGCCCGUCUUCGGGAAGAUGUUCGAGCUGAGCUGCACCCUGCCCCUGGAGAAGGACCUCAAGGUUGCCCUCUACGACUACGACCUCCUGUCCCGGGAUGAGAAGAUCGGCGAGACCGUGGUGGACCUGGAGAACCGCUUCCUGUCCGGCCAYGGAGCGCGCUGCGGCCUCCCCCAGACCUACUGCGUCUCCGGCCCCAACCAGUGGCGGGACCAGCUCCGCCCUUCCCAGCUGCUCCAGCUCUUCUCCCUGCAGCACAACUGCAAAGCUCCCACCUACAAACCCGACCGGCUCAUCUUCCGCGAUCAGGAGUACCUCCUCUCCGAGCUGGAGGACGGAAAACCCCCGAACCCACACCUGGGGCCGGUGGAGGAGCGGCUGGCCCUGGCUGCCCUCCGGAAGCAGGGAUUGGUCCCGGAGCACGUGGAGACGCGGCGGCUCUACAGCCCGCUCCAGCCGGACAUUGAGCAGGGAAAGCUCCAGAUGUGGGUGGAUCUGUUUCCCAAAUCCCUGGGACACCCCGGCCCCCCUUUCAACGUCACCCCGCGCAAAGCCAAGAGGUUCUACCUGCGCUGCAUCAUCUGGAAUGCCAAGGACGUGAUCCUGGAUGACCUCAGCAUCACCGGGGAGAAGAUGAGCGACAUCUACGUCAAAGGGUGGCUGGUGGGGCACGAGGAGAACAAGCAGAAGACGGACGUCCACUACCGAUCCAUGGGGGGAGAAGGGAAUUUCAACUGGAGAUUCGUCUUCCCCUUCGAWUACCUCCCGGCGGAGCAGAUGUGCCACGUGGCCAAGAAGGAACACUUCUGGAGCUUGGACAAGACGGAAAAUAAGAUUCCACCCCAGCUGAUCCUCCAGAUCUGGGACAACGACAAGUUCUCCUUUGAUGACUACUUGGGAUCCAUCCAGAUGGAUCUCAACAGGAUGCCCAAGCCUGCCAAGACGGCGGAGAAGUGUUCCCUGGAUCUCCUGGAUGAUUCCCUGUCCUCCGGCCGCUUCGUGUCCCUCUUCGAGCAGAAAACCGUCAAAGGCUGGUGGCCCUGCAUGGCUGAGCAGGACCAGAAGAAGAUCCUGGCG